GUGUACACUUUUCUUCUUCAGUAAUUAGCUUGGCUGCCAGCGAAGUCAUGCUUCAGCAUCUUCGAGAAGAACCCAUCACGACUACAUCACAUCUGUUGUGAAAUUACGUUUUGUUUUCAGUUCCCUGACAGAGAUGGGCGAGAUCAGUGAAGCGUCCUUACUGGAAUACAUCUGUUCCUCUGGAGGAAAAGUCAAAAAUUCCGAUCUGUCCAAAACAUAUAAGCAUUUUAUAAACCAUAGCGAUUUGCAGCUACGUGCCAAAUACAGAGAAGAGUUCAAACUCAUCAUUGAUCGAAUUGCGGUGGUGAAAUCUGAGAAUGGAGAGAAAUAUCUCAUCCUCAAGAAGAAGUAUAGACAGCAGAUGCAAGAGCGAGAGUCUGGCGCUGGAAAGGGAGGAGAACCAAUCAAGCCGGUUCAGCCGAACCCACAAAAUAUUCUCCGGGUCUCCAAUCCAGUGCAGAACCAUAACCCAACCGCUCAGAAACCAGCACUGGUGGCCUGGUGCUCAGGACCCAUGAUUACAGUCACAGAAGCACCAGAACCGACUCAUACAGAUGUUCAGGUAGAGAGCACCCUCUCCCCGCCAGCAGCAGAGGAGAAACCAGAGGAGCUUUCAGCCUCCGACCGAGAAGAUGACCUCGACAAAGACUCAGGGUCAAAGAGUGAAUCCGAGCAGGAUGAGGAGUGCGGAGGCAGUUUGGGAUCCACCGCUGUGGCUCUUGAUCCUCUUGAGAAAGAGUGGAUCUUCUCUGCAGCAAGUGGCAAACUGUCUCAGCUCACUCAGCUCCUGAGGCAAGACUCCUCCCUGGCCAAUAAAAAGGACUUCACCUCAGGGACAGCACUACACUGGGCUGCGAAACAUGGUAAAGAAGACGUGACCACAAUGUUGGCAGAAGCAGGAGCUGACGUCAAUAUAAAAGCACAUGGAUACACACCGUUACACAUCGCAGCACUGCAUGGCCAUCAACAUAUAUUUGACCUGCUGGUCAGGACGUACGGAGCGAAGGACAAUCUGCGGGACUACAGCGGCCAUUUACCAUAUCAUUACCUUAAUUUACAGGAGACACAAUUAGAAGACCAUGAACUAUCUGAAGUCAGCGAGUGCCACAGCCUGACCCAGGCUGGCGAGCGCAGGAACAGGAAGAUCUCCUCAUUAUUUCACUCCAUGAAGAAGUGGGGUUCAGCGGAGGACCUGGCGCCCGUGCUGGAGGAGAGGACUGUUGCUCAUCAGCUCAUGCUGCCUGCGUUUAGAACCAGAAAGUUCUCACGGUAGACUGUGUGAAGUCUCGCUUUAGUGCCGCUUUAAUAGUGUACAGAUGAAAACACACUUUGCUGCUUUAUUCGAACAGAUACUAUGAUGUUGUUGUAUUCACAUUUAAGUAGCUUUUUUAACUUAAUUGGCAUUUGUAGUGUUAUGCCACAGCACUGUGUGAUAUUCUAUAAGUCUAAUGUCUUAUUUUCUCUGCUAAAGGUUUACAUUAAGCAAUGAAAAGGUGCAUUUUAAAUUACCGUUUCAUCUUAUGACCCCAAAGUUUUACAAGUCUGAAGAACUACGUUGUCUGUAUGUUAAUGCUAAAGUUCUGUCUUGAAUAGAGACCAAGUUCAGCAUUUACUUGCCUUAUUUCCACCUUACCAAACUUAAAAGUCAGAAUCAUAGUUUGCAUAGAUAGUUCGAUAGAGACCAUAUAAAUGCACAAUUUAACUCUAUUUUAGCUAAAUACAUAAAUAAGCUCCUGAAUUUUUUUUUAUGAUGUCAUGAUAAAGGAAAAAUUAUAACAGCCAAUACUAUCCCAAACCAGAGUUAGAGUUAUGAUCCAAUUCCAGUUAAAAAAUGAGUCACACACUUUGAAAUAUUGAAAUAUAUUUUUAUGGAAUUUGAAUGCUUUGUAAAUGCCAGUUCUUUUCUGCUUUUCUGCUGCUAAUGUCUUGAAUUGUAUGUUUUAGUGCAUUUCUAUAUUCAAAUAAAUGCAUUCCAAAUGAUGAUGCUAAGUAAA